CGUCCGGUCUUUAUUGUUUUGUUUUCUUGGCUUGUGGCACCUAGACAACAAGGACUUGGCAGUUCCUUUUCAGACAGGUAUUUGGCCUUAGUCGUGUACACAUGACUGAAUUUAACGCCGAAAGUAAAAAAAGGGUACUCUGGCGCCACGUUAAAGAAGGCUGCUAGCAAGCUAGCUAGGCAAAAGAAAACAGCUAUCUAGCAUAUCUACAGCUUUAGCUCGAGAGCUAACUAGCUAGUAACGCUCAGUGUAGACAUUUCUGCGGCCUUUUUAGUCUAAGAUAGGCUACAGCUGUUAUAUCUUCAAAUAUUUACAAUGGAUGUAAAUUUAACAAUUUCUCUUAUGAGAGGCCAAAUGGGAGUUGUCAUUGAAAAGGCAGUGAACGCGGCCGUGGAGACGGUGCUGGGAGAGAUGAUCCGGGUGGUCAGUGUCAAGUUUGAGGAGUUCAGGAGGGAAAUGACGGCCAAAGAGCGAGAGAACGAGAAUAUAAGAAACAUGUUAGAGAUGUCGCGAUGUCAAAUGAAGUCCAUGAGGAAGUAUGUUAACGCCCUGACCGCGAAAGCUAAGCACGACAGACAGACAUUCACCAAUCACAGACAUACGCUCACUCAGUUUGACGCCUCCUCGACGCGACAUGUCGGUGUGAGCCACGCCAGAGACGUCGCACCUGCUCUGGGAACGCAGCCGAGAAGAACUUCAGCUAAUGUUGGGGCAGCUUGUGAAGCUCAGAGCCCUGUGCCGAAACCGCGUAACGCCGAGACCGGGCUCGCUGACGAGCCAGCGUGGGAAAACCAGAUAAACGUGCCCAAAUCUCAAAAUGUGAUACAAGAACCCAUCCCAAACGAGAGCUACACAAGUCCUGAGAUUGGCAACGAAGAUCAAGUAUCAAAAAUGCAUUUGGGAUCAGUGAAAGCAGAAACAGCAAAUGCCACUGUGAUGGGAAGCAGAGGCUUGGUGGCAGAGAGCAGCGAUCCUUUGUGGGGUCAGACACCUCCAUCUUCUUCAGAGGUGGAACACACUGACCCACUAGACUCCAGCCUCCUCCCUGCAGCCAAUCCAAGGGAGAUAUUCAGCACGACCGCAGCAGACUGUGAAGGGUCUCCUUUCAAGGUCAAACAAGAGGAAGCUGAAGUGGAAAUAGUCCAGGUGAAGGAGGAGCCGGCAGAAGUGGUCAACUCGUCCUCCUCGGAUUGUCCCAGGCUGGAGCUCUCUCAGCACGCAGCAGAAGGAGGGCCCAGCUUCUCCCUGGAACUGCCUGUGACCCAGCAGUGUCACCAGAUUUCAUGCCCUCCCAUCAGUGAAGCAGCCUUCAUGAGUGUGGACCCGAUCACAUAUGGCGAGUCCCAACUGGCCAUGGCCAGCAGCCAGCGGCAGGGCUGUGUGUGGGCCAAGGACCUGAACAUGUACGAGGAGUACAAGCGCAAGCGGACGGAGGUGCGGAGGCGAAGCGAGACGCGGAGGCGCGAGUUGGAGCAGACGCUGCCCCAGGCCCUGCUGGCUGACCUGGUGAAGGAGCGCAGGGAAAAGACCCGCCUGCGGGUGGCGCGCUGGCGAGCCAAGCGCAAGCUCCAGGCCUGCCUCAUGUCCCAGGCAGCGCAGCUGAGCGGGCCGCCAGUGCAGACGCUCUGCGCACAGCCCACUGUUCGGAGGCAGGGAGGAGUGGCCACCCAGCAGGGGAGCUUCAGCUUGGGCAGGGCCCAAGGCGAUGCUGGGCCGUCCUCCUUGCCACUGCAGGUGGGAUCCGGGCCUCUCCUCGUGGCGCAGAGACUCAGCAUGGCAGAGGGGCAAAUGCAGCCUGGAUCCAGUACGUUCCCGUAGCAGAGAUUUCCAGUGCCAGUGAUGGGGCGUGAUGUAUACAUGAGUUUGUGACAGUGAAAAUUUAUUUAUGACAUACUUAUGUAUUUUGCAGUGUGUGAAAAUUGUUUUUGGGGUUUUUUUUUCUAUUUCAAAAGAGGAAUGGUAAUGAGUCUUAUGCAUUAGUAAGAUAAUACUGGCUCAUACGGGGGCAUGUCUUUAAAUAACCCUGCAUACAACACAAGUUGCAGUGAUUGAAGCUGUUGGGAAUGCAAAGAGCCCUGUUCCUACUGGAAAGGUUAAGAUGGCUGGAUCACUGUUCUUCAUGGAGCGACCGUCUUAUCUCCAUUAGGAGAACUACACUAUAUUGCCAAAAGUAUUUGCUCGUCUGACUUUGCAUGCAUAUGAACUUGAGUAACAUCCCAAUCUUAAU